UCCAUCCUUCAUCGUUUCAUUAAACCAAAGUGUGGCGAAUUGUCUUUUAAAAUACAUUAGUUUCAAUAAACCGAUGAGAUGCUGGCUACUUGCGGUGGCUUAAUUAAAAACAGAAAUGCAGAGGAGUGAAUAAUAUCUGUGUCGUUGUAAUAUUAGGCAGCGUUUAGUCAAGAUAACAUGUUUAUAUCGCUCCUGAUUCCUACUUUAACCGUUUUAUUCCCACCUGGACAUGCAUCCUUACCUCUCGUUAUCAAUACGUGGCCAUUCAAGAAUGCAGCAGCUGCAGCAUGGAGCGCCCUGCAGUCUGGUGGCUCAGUGUUGGAUGCAGUGGAGAAGGGAUGUGCCCGCUGUGAAAUGGAUCAGUGUGAUGGCAGUGUGGGCUAUGGUGGGAGCCCAGAUGAGUCUGGAGAGACCACGCUGGACGCCAUGAUCAUGAAUGGCAAUACGAUGGAGGUGGGCGCAGUUGCAGACCUGAGAAGAAUCAAGAAUGCCAUCGGAGUAGCGAGAGCGGUGAUGGAGCACACUGAGCACACACUGCUAGUGGGAGAGUCAGCUUCUGUGUUUGCUGAAAACAUGGGCUUCAUCGCAGAGGACCUGACUACCAACAACUCUGUGAAUAUUUUCUCACAGUGGCUGAAGGGCAACUGCCAACCUAAUUAUCGAAAGAAUGUAAUUCCAGAUCCGUCCAAGUCCUGUGGACCCUACAAGCCCAUGGCUACACUGCACCAGAGCAUGAGGCCGCAGCAUGCUAAUACGCACUCCCAUGACACCAUAGGGAUCAUUGCUCUUGAUCAAGAUGGCCACGUGGCAGCUGGUACAUCGACCAAUGGAUUAACUCACAAGGUUCCUGGUCGUGUUGGGGACUCUCCUAUCGUUGGAGCAGGGGCCUAUGCAGACAGCUCAGCUGGUGGUGCUGCUGCUACCGGAGACGGAGACCUCAUGAUGCGCUUUCUGCCAAGUUACUUGGCCGUGGAGCUGAUGAGGGCCGGGGCAGAUCCCUCGGCAGCCUGCAAGACGGCCAUUUCCAGAAUCAAGAGGCAUUACUCGGAGUUCUUUGGAGCCAUCAUCUGUGCUAACACAACAGGCCAUUAUGGUGCAGCCUGUAACAAAGUCCCUGGCCUCUCCCAGUUUCACUACAUGGUGUCCAGCUCAGAGUCAGACACACCGCUCCUGAAAUCUGUGGACUGCUUUUAAAUUGUGUUCAUCUCUUUGAUAUACUUAAUGAUUUAACAGUCCCCAUACUGUAUUUUUAUGCUGAUGAUUUUGGUUUUAAUUCAUGAAUAAAAUGUGAUAUAAAACAUU